UUGAAUAAUACUUAUUUUGAAUACAUUUAUAGAAUAGUUGAGAAGAUCAGUAAAUGUAUAAUAAAACUGAAGAGAAUGGCAGAACAAUUUCAAGAGUACCAACACAAUCUGCGGGAACUGACAGAUGAUGAAAGAGUGCGAUUACAGGAUGAUUCUGUUCCUGUGUCAGAGUUUAAGAAGAAUAAGUUAGAAAAAGAUGCUCAACGUAAUUGGGACUUGUUUUAUAAACGGAAUUCAACAAAUUUUUUCAAAGAUAGGCACUGGACAUGUAGAGAAUUUCAAGAAUUGUGUUCUGAUGAAGUUCUUGUUGGAAAGACAUUACUUGAGGUUGGUUGUGGGGUUGGCAACACUAUAUUUCCACUGUUAGAAGACAUCCCCUCAAUAUUCAUUCAUGCUUGUGACUUUUCAAAGAGAGCUGUUGCUUUUGUUCAGGAAAAUUCUCAGUAUGAUCCUUUGAGGAUAAAUGCAUUCCAUUGCGAUGUCACACAAGACAAACUUACGACACAUGUGCAUCAAGAAUCUGUUGACAUUGUGACUAUUAUUUUUGUAAUGUCAAGCAUAUCACCAGACAAAAUGCAGGCAGUUCUACAAAACAUUUCUUGUAUUCUCAAAACUGGAGGAAUUGUUCUAUUUCGUGAUUAUGGUAUGUACGACCAUGCUAUGUUGAGGUUCUCGAAAGGUCAUAAGAUAUCGGAUAAUUUUUACGUUCGUCAAGAUGGUACGAGAGCAUAUUAUUUUACAGUUGAAUAUCUUACAAAAUUAUUCACUGACGCUGGCUAUGACGUCGUUUAUUGUCAUUAUGUACAACGGAGAACUGUAAAUAAAAAAGAAGGGAUUGAUGUUCCAAGGAUAUUCGUUCAGGGAAAAUUUGUGAAGAGAAUAACAAACGAUUUCGCGUACGCAGACACUGAAGAACCGCGUACAAAUGUCUUACUCACUGAAAGAACUUCCUCACCGAAAUAAUAUUUGAUAUUUUUUUUAA